AUGAUUCAUACAACACUAGGUAUAAUUCCUAAAUCUCCUAAUAUAGCUAACGAGUUCUAUUCAACUGAACCGACCACAAAUGAGAAUCAACACCAUAAAAAGAAUUACUAUGAACAACAUCCUUUUUAUGCAUUUUUUUAUUCUGAAGAAAAAGAACAACCAGAAGAAGAAGUUGAAGAAAGCAAUUCAGUAAACGAAGUCAUUGAAAAUGAUGACGUUGUUAAACAAAUUGAUGCUAACGUUAUUCAUAUUGAAAACACAAAUGUCAUUUUAGAUGAAUGGGAAAAUGCUAUUCAAUGGGAUGUCCCAGUUAAAAUAACAGCAAAAGAAAUGAUUGAGCCAACAAUUCAAAAAUCAAUUUGGAGAAUAGUUGAUCCUGUUUCAGAACCUGUUGUUCAAACACAUAAAAAAUCAACUGGAGAGUGGUCAUUAUUUACAUUAGAAAAUGAACUACUUCAAACUGACUGUUGGGAGACAGACAUUUUAUGGGAUGAAACUGAAGUAGAAAAGAGGAAACCAAUACCAUUAUAUUUAGAUUUAAAUGAUACUGGUCUUUUAUUGAAUGAGGCUGUAGUUCCAUUAAAGAAGGAAGUUAAAGUAGAAGAAGUUCCUAAUGAUACUCCUAUUGGUGUUGUUGAACCAAAAGUUCAAUCCAGUGCUCCUGUAGAAGAGAAAAAAGUAACUCUUGUUCUUCCAUCAUUUGAUGGAUCAACAAGGCCUGGACUAGCAAAAUUAGAACCAUUACCAGGAUUUUCAGAUAGUAUUAAAGAAAAAAUACCACCAAUAGAAUUUGAAAGUAAUAAAGAAGAGAAUAACAAAGAAGAAAAUGGAGAUAAAAAUAUGAAAGAAGGUGGUGAUACUGAAAAUAAAAAAGAAAAGAAAGAUGAAAAAGAAGAAAAGAAAAAAGAAAGAAAAAUAUGGAAAAUUGCUGAUGAUAGACUUGAGGAAGAUUUAUCUAAUGAUAGAUAUUAUUUUAUGGGAAAAACAGGAUACACACAAAAAAAAUUUAUUAUUUAUCACUCUAUUCCUGCACAAAGAUUAGAAACAUUCCAAACUCAUUUAACUAUGCCUGAUCUUCAAAAUUUUCAUCGACCAUUACUUCCAGCUAGAGAUGCUGAAAAAAUGCAUAUUAAAGGAGUUUCAGUUAAAUUACAACAAAAAAGAUUUAAUGUAAAUAAUACUUAUGUACCACAAAAUAUGAAAGAAUUGUCAUCAAAAGAUGGUAAAAUUCAUUUAAUAGAAUAUAUAGAAGAAUUUCCACCAUUAUUAUCACAAGUUGGAAUGGGAGCAAGAAUUCGUAAUUAUUGUAGAAGAGAUGAUGAAGCUGUUGUUCCUGAAAAAUAUCAUACUGGUGAAAUGGUUAUUGUUGAACGUGGAGAAGAAUCACCAUUUUUAGGAAAAGUAAAAGCAGGACAACCUAUUCAAUCAUUAGAUAAUAAAAUGACAAAAACACCUAUUCAUGAAACUAAAAUACCAGAAACAGAUUUCUUAUUAAUUCGAUCAGAAGAUGGGAGUGGGUGGACAGUGAGAGAAAUUGAUCAUUUAUUUGUUGCUGGACAACAACAACCACAAAAAGAUACUGAAAUACCAGUUCCAGGAUCUAAAACUGAAACAACAUUUAAUAAAGAAAGAUUAGAAACAGCUAUUUAUUUACAAUUUCAUAGUAAUCCAACUGUGAGAGUUACAGAUUUUGUUGAUGCUUUUCCAAAUCAAACAGAAACUACUGUUAGAAAAAUUCUUAGAAAAUGUGCAAAGUUUAAUAGAAAAGGAAAUGAUAGUGGAGGAAGUUGGGAACUCAAUCCAACAUUUGACCUUCCAACAGAAGAUGAUUUAUUUGCUAAAGUAACACCAGAAAGAGUUUGUUGUUAUGAAGCAAUGAUGGCAGGUAAAAUGAGAUUACAGGAUAAAGAUAUUGAAGUAUUUAAAUAUAAUCAAUUGAUAUCAGCUAAACAAGGAUUUGAUCCAGACUUAAAAAAGAAGGUUGAGCCAUUGAUCGAAGAAGUAAGAAGAGCUCCAUGGACGUCAAUGAGUGUAUUAGCUAAAGAAGUUAAAGGAACACUUCAAACAGACUAUACUGUUAAAGAUACAGAUCCAAGACAUUUAAUUGAAUAUUAUAGAAGAUACAUUCCUAAACAAGUUGGAACAUCUAAACUAAAUAUGGAAAUUAAAGACAAAUACGGUGACCUUAGAAAACUUACACUUCAACAAUUGAGGAAUGCUUUAAAAGAUUGUGGUAUGAAUGAUGAAAAAGAACUUUCUAAAACAAGAUGGGAUUUAGUUAGUUUGUUACAAAAAGAAGUUGCUAAAAGUAUUGGAGUAAAUACUGAUACUGGAGGAGGAAAUAGACCAAUAACUAAUUCAGCUUCUGUUGUGAAAAAACAAAAAAAAAUUAAAGAAAUAUUUGCAGAACAAAUUGCAUUUAUUACUGAUGAUACUAUUGCUGAAGAAGAAGAGGAUGAGGAUGAAGACGAACAAAUGAAUAAAGAAAUAUUUGAAGACUAUUUAAAAACAAAAAGAAAAGUUACAACAUAUACUAAACCAAAGAAAGAUGCUCUUCAAUCAAGAUCUUCUCGAUCAGCACUUACUUUUUAUCAACAUAAAAUCGUUGAUCCAUCAAGAGAAGCUAGCAAACAAAAACUUAGAAAACAAACAAGAAAAAUUAGAGAAAGAAUAAGAAGAAUGAAGAAAAAGGAAAAAGAAAAAGAAAAAAAUGAAUUAGAAAAGAAAAAAGAAGAAGAGUUAAAGAAAACAGUUGAAACAAAAGAAUUUGAAAUUGGAAAAGAAAAUGAAGUAAUUACAAAGAAUGUCACAAUCAUACCAAUGGAAGAAGAACUUCCACCUGAAGAAAAAAAAGUGAUAAGAAAAAAAGAAAAAAAAGAAAUAGUUACACCUAUAGAAGAAGUACUGGUACCUCCUAAAAAAGAAAAAAGAAUAAGAAGAGAAAAGAAACAAGAAGAAGUUUUAAAAGAGAUUGAAGGAGCUGGAGGAGUAUUAGAUGUAUUAGGAAAUGAAAAUGGAAUAUUGCCAGUCACUGUUUCAGUUGUUGAUGUUACAGAAGAACAAAGUCUUGAAUUAAAAAAAUUACUUGAAGGAUGUUUAAGUUGUCUUAAAAAGAAUAAACUAUUUGCAUCUUUCAUUUCUGCUGUUAAUGUUGAAGUUAUUACUGAUUAUAUCAAUAUCAUAAAACAUCCUAUUGAUUUAAAUUAUAUUGGAAAGAAAAUUAGAAAAGGAGAAUAUCACAAUAUCAAAGAAUUUAUGAAAGAUAUUGAAUUGUUAGUAAAUAAUUGUUAUAAGUACAAUAGUAGAGGAACAUUUAAAUGUCCAAUACUAAUACCAAGUGCAGAUUUAUUGUACGAAUACACUGUUGCAUAUUUUGCAAAAAAUAGUAAGAGUUGUAUGUAA